UAUCAGAAUUUUUUUUUCUGUUAGCUGCGCCAAAUUCUACUGGUCAAAUCCAAUUUAAUAAAAGAAAUACGUCUAGCUGUUAUCGGCUUCACACUUCAUUCUCCAAUUGUACGCGAUAAAGAAACCAACCAAAAGGACCUCUUGACUUCCUGACUCCCAACUUAACUAUAAGAGCUAUUUGCACGGAGAAUUCUCCGCUACCUCCUCCGCCAAGCCUUUCUCCGCCUCCAUGAAGUCCAAACCUCUCACCCUCCUCUUCCUCCUCCUCCUCUUCUCCAUUUCCCCCAGCUCCAAUGGCGAAACCGAAGCCGAGGCGCUUCUGCAAUGGAAAUCCACACUUCUUAAUCCCUCCCUCUCCUCCUGGUCUCCCGCCAACUCCGCUUCACUCUGCAGCUGGCAAGGCGUAACCUGCAACUCCGGCGGCCGUAUCACGGCCUUGAAUCUCCCCAGCUUCGGCCUUAAUGGCACCCUCGGCGAGUUCAAUUUCUCCGCCUUAGGCGGACUUAAGCAGCUUAAUCUCAACAAUAACCUCCUCUUCGGUCCCAUCCCAACCAACAUCUCCGCUCUCUCAAAUCUAACCUUACUCGAUCUCAGCGGUAACAGUUUCACCAGCAUGCCGUCGGAGAUCGGUAGUCUCUCGGAGAUAGAGGAGCUUCUGUUGUUCCAAAACAAUCUCGCCGUUGCCAUUCCUUACCAGCUCAGCCAUCUUCGCAAGGUUCGUCGCAUUGACCUCGGAUCAAAUUACCUCACCAACCCUGAUUACAAGAUGUUUGAGGCCAUGCCUUCGCUCGUCAAUCUAUCGCUCUCACUCAACUCUCUGGACGGAGAAUUCCCUCCCUUUGUCCUAAAAUGCACCAAUCUUACCUAUCUCGAUCUCUCCGUGAACAAUUUCUCCGGCCGAAUACCGGAUUCAAUCGCAACAAAUUUGAUUAAUCUGGAGCACUUGAACCUGAAUGUUAAUGCCUUCAGAGGUGAAAUCCCAAUUUUCCUUGCAAAGCUGCCCAGGCUCCGGCAGCUCAGCCUCGGGUCGAACUCUCUGACGGGAGGAGUUGAUCCGAUCAUCGGCACCAUGUCCAAUCUCCAGGUAUUGGAACUCUUCGGAAACUCUCUCGGUGGUCCGAUUCCUUCUUCUCUCGGAAAACUAGGGAAGCUCGAGUAUCUUGACUUAAAUUUAGCUAAUCUGAACUCCACCAUCCCUUCAGAACUUGGCUCUUGUACCAACCUCUCUUUUAUAAAUCUCUCCGACAACCAGCUCACCGGUGGUCUGCCUUCGUCUUUCUCGAACCUUACCAAGAUGAUGAACUUCGGGAUAUCGGGAACCUCGCUUUCCGGUGAGAUAUCACCGGAUUUGUUCACCAGAUGGUCCGAGCUUGUUUCAUUUCAGAUUCAGAAUAAUAAUUUCUCUGGGAAUAUUCCGGCGGAGGUCGGGCUGGCCACUAAUAUGACCUACUUGUUUCUCUACAACAACAACUUUACAGGAUCAAUCCCGCAGGAGAUCGGCAACUUGAUCAACUUGAUUAAGUUGGAUUUGUCGGUGAAUUCGCUCACUGGACCAAUCCCGAAAACAAUUGGAAAUCUAAAAAAAUUGACUUCUCUAAGCCUCUUCUACAACAAUCUCAACGGCACAAUUCCGGCAGAGAUCGGAAACUUGACGGCAUUGCAGUCUCUUGACAUCAACACAAACCAAUUUGAAGGCGAGCUCCCGAACACCAUCUCUCGGCUUGAGAACCUGCAGAUCUUCUCCGUCUUCACCAAUAAACUUUCCGGCAAAGUCCCUGCCGAUUUUGGCCAGAACAGCUCAUUGACAAUCGUUAGUUUUUCAAACAACAGCUUCUCCGGCGAGCUACCUGCGAACCUCUGCAGCAGCCUCACGCUCCAGAAUCUGACUGUAAACGUCAACAACUUCACCGGCCAUCUGCCUUCUUGCCUCCGAAACUGUUCCCAGCUCAUGCGGCUGCGUCUGGAAGGAAACAGUUUCGUGGGAGACAUAUCGCAGGUCUUCGGUGUUCAUCCAUUACUCGACUACCUGGAUCUCACUGGCAAUCAGCUAACCGGCACGCUCUCGCCGGAAUGGGGGCAAUGCCAGAAUCUCACCUACCUUCACAUCACAGAAAACAGCAUAUCCGGCGAAAUUCCGGCCGAGCUUGGGGAAAUCAGCAAACUACAAGAUCUCAACCUGGCUUCCAACUUUUUGACAGGGCAAAUCCCGGCAGAAUUGGGAAAUUUGAUCUUGUUGUUCAAGCUCGACCUGAGCAAAAAUCUACUUUCCGGCAAGAUUCCUAGCCAGAUCGGCAACAUAUUCAAGCUCGAGAUCCUCGAUCUAUCAGAAAACAAAAUAAGCGGCGAAAUAACACCAGAUCUUGGCAAUCUAGGCCACCUGUUGCUGUUGGACCUGCGUGGAAACGAAUUGUCGGGAUCGAUACCGUACCAGCUCGGCAACCUCGGUGCUCUGCAGACUUUGUUAGAUCUCAGCAGUAACUUGCUCACAGGAAGCAUCCCUUCCAAUUUGGAAAAACUUACGGCACUUGUGAAUCUCAACGUCUCUCACAACUCUCUCUCCGGCGAGAUUCCGAAGCAGUUAUCCGGCAUGCGGAGUUUAUCAACGGCGGACUUCUCCUACAACAACUUCACCGGCCCCAUUCCCGUCGGACUAGCUGCUUUUCUCAACACCUCUACAUUCGCCGGUAACUCACUGCUCUGUGGAAACCUGACUGGCUUGCCUUCUUGCUCAACCUCUGGCAUUGGAACUCGGAAGACAAGCAACCAUAAAAAGCUUAUCAUUGCCAUUGUCAUCCCGAUAGCAGUAUUAUUUCUACUUGCCAUAGCUGCAACAACGCUUAUUGUGAUUUACUGCAAAAACAGGGAAAAGGAGAUCUCUGAUACCGGAAGCAUAAGCGCGGAGAAUGGCGCUGAACUGUCGUCGUUGAUAUGGGAAAGAGAAGGCAAGUUCUCAUUCUACGACCUCGUGAACGCCACUGACAAUUUCGCCGAUGUUUACCUCAUCGGCGAAGGGGCCUUCGGAAGAGUAUACAAGGCAGAUCUUUCGUUCGGACAGGUUGUCGCGGUGAAGCGUCUCCACAUGGGUGACGCCGGCGACAUCCUAGACGUCAAUAGGAAGAGCUUCGAGAACGAGAUCAGAGCAUUGACCGAGGUGCGGCACCGGAAUAUAGUAAAGCUCCAUGGAUAUUGCUCGAGAAAAGGGGCGAUGUACCUAGUGUAUGAGUAUUUGAAAAGGGGGAGUUUGGGAAAGGUGCUGUACGGGGAAGAAGGGGAAAAGAAUCUGGAUUGGGCAAGAAGGGUGAAGAUUUUACAGGGUAUAGCUCAUGCCCUAGCUUACCUCCACCAUGACUGCAAACCUCCAAUCCUCCACCGCGACAUCACGGUGAACAACAUCCUGCUGGACUCUGAUUUCGAGCCCCGGAUCUCUGAUUUCGGAACGGCGAAGUUGCUCGAUCCUGCAUCUACGAACUGGACCGCAGUUGCAGGCUCUUAUGGCUACAUGGCACCUGAGCUUGCUUACACGAUGAAAGUGACGGAGAAAAGCGACGUGUAUAGCUUCGGAGUGGUGACGUUGGAGGUGAUGAUGGGGAAGCACCCAGGGGAGCUGUUAUCGUCGCUGCCAUUGCUAUCGCGGAAGGACAUACUGGUGAAGGAAAUGCUGGACCAGCGGCUGACGCCGCCGACCGGUCAGUUGGCAGAGGAGGUGGUUUUUAUUAUAAAGAUGGCUCUUGCCUGCACACGAACCGGACCGGAGUCCCGGCCCACGAUGCGACUCGUGGCACAGGAGCUUGCGGCUCGGACCCAGGCCUACCUACCCGAGCCAUUAGGAGCCAUCACAAUUAGCAAGCUAGCAAGGUUUUAGAAAUAAUUAAAGGCCCGUUUUGAGGGCUAUAUUUUUUUUGGUAAAGUUAAUUAUA